AAAUAAAACUAUGACAUUGUAUUGGGGAACAGAGGUACUUACAGUUCCAAUCGAAUAUCGUAUCUCUUCAAAAGUUAAAAUAGAAACACAGGCAAAUAUCAAAAAGUCCCAACAGAAGCAAAAGGACCGACAUGACGAGAAACUGCCAAAAUUACAACCAUUUAAAGUAGGAGACCUAGUCCUAAUGUACAAAAGUAAUAUUCAUGAUAAAAAGAAACUUGAAGAUCGCUAG